AUGGGCAAGACGAGAGGCGUCCACGAGACGACUCCCGAAUUGAGGAAUCGGAUGGUGGGAAUGUACGAGGCCGGUCUCGGCCUGCGAGAGAUCGCCGCCGCGGUCAAUUGCUCGCAACGUACAGUGAAGAGAUGGUUGAAUAGAUUUGACAAGGAAGGCACAGUGGAGACACGAGAGCGUUGCGGACGCAAGAGAGCCACUACUGUAGAACAAGAUGAAGCAAUAAUUCGUUUAGCCACUCAAACGCCCAUAACGGCGGCGAAGGCAGUGCUUCCUGCGUUAGGUCUCACCUGUUCCGUGGAUACCGUGAGAGAAAGGCUGCACAAAGCUGGAAUCCACAAUUGGAGCCCCUCGCGCAAAUACAUGCAAAGGAUUCCAUUAGGUGAUGCAGACGGCGCAGCGAUUCAACAGGCGGUAUGGCGACCGACCGGCACCCAAUUAGGUAAAAAGAAAACUCCCAAAGACUCGAACAAGUCUGAGAGAAAUGUUACUGUUAAAAAGAAGAAUCCAUCAAAAAAAGUGAGAUCUCGAGAGGUGUACGCCGACGAUGGUGCACCGACGGAAAGUCUAAAGCAGAAUCAAAACGCUGAGCAACAACAGCAACAACAACAACAGCAGCAGCAGCAGCAGCAACAGCAGCAGCAGCAGCAGCAACAGCAGCAGCAGCAGCAGCAGCAGCAACAGCAACAGCAAGAAUUCGUGUUUUCUCAGCAAAAUCUUCCUCCACUGCCUUCCGCUCCUCAAGUCACCGAAAUGCAAUCCUCUGUAUCUACGAGUCAGACGGAGUUUGGCAACGCGUUGAGUCUAGUGCAACAACCGCAGCCUAUCUAUCAACAUCCAGGAUUGAACAUGGUACAAAAUUGGCCGUUGGAUUUGGUGCAAGGGAGUCAUCAUUAUCCACAGGGACAACCAAAUCCCUUGCCUCACGAGCAUCCACCGCCGCCGACGCAACUGCAAGAGCUGCACACACAGCAGGAACAGCAGCAACAUCACGUGCAACAGGCCCAGCACGUGCAGGCACAAGUACAGACGCGACUGCAGGAUCAAUCGCAUCAGCAGAAUACUCAGUCUCAUCAUCAUAGUCUCGAUCAGCAGCGACUGACCGUGGAACAUCAAAUUCAACAACAACAUCAGCACUUGCAGUCCGGCAGACGUUCUAGUCCUGAGCAGACGAACGAGAACGUAGGAUCGGACACGUGUAGUUCUGGCGAUUCAUUCGUUUUAAGAAUCAGUCGUUCUAAUAGUGAGUCAUCCUGCGAAUGUCAACAGAAUAAGAAAUCGUCGCACAAAGGCCAAAAAUCAGAACGACAGAAGAAAAUGAAGAAAGGUGGCAAAGCGAAGGGAACAUUAGAGACUAGCGUGGAGAUCAGGAAUCGUAUGAUCGGAAUGUCCGAGGCUGGACUAUCCACCUUGUCCAUUGCAUUGGCGAUCGAUAGAUCGGAACGUACUGUUAAAAGAUGGUUAGAACGUUGGCAUAAGGAAGGCAAUGUGCAAACAAAGGAACGAAAGGGUCGACGUAGAAUUACUACCAAGGAACAAGACGAGGCCAUCGUCGCAAUGGCUACUCAGCAUCCUCUCACCGCCGCUAAAUAUGUAGCACCUGCGCUAGGUCUUAAAUGCAGCGUGGAUACAAUUAGAGAGAGGCUUCACAAAGCUGGGAUACACAGCUGGAAAUUGGGCAAAAAGCAAGGCGAAGGCAAUGCAGUCCACACAGUUCAUUUGUGGCAGCCUAGUGGCAAUCGUCCUAACAAACCGAAAAUGCCGGGAGAAAAGAAGAAGAAGAGUAGUGAUAAGAAACGUAAUCAGAUAAUAAAUAACAGUCAAAAACGUAUCGUGCGGAAGAAGAAAAGUAAUGAGCCACCGCCACCACCAAAAGCGAUUUCACCUCCGGCAAACAUAAUACAGGAACAACCUCCAUUACCGUUCCAUAAUCCUGGAAACAUGGGAAAUUAUGUUUCGGGUCCUAACAUAAUGCAACCAGUGCAUAAUAUUACCGCACCUCCCGCACUGUCGCAACCGCCUCCGCCACCAGCACCGCAACUGAUGUCGAUGGGCCCAAUAAUGCAACAGAGACCGGACUGCAGAUUGGCACCGAUAGUUCCACCUGUGUCAGGCCCGAGCAAUUCCGGCGUCGCGUAUCCAUCGUGCAUGGUCAGCGGCAGUAGUCAUGCCAGUCACAUGGAGCAAACAGAUCCUCUAAAUUACGAGCCAUAUAUUUGGAGUUUUUAGAUACAUCAGUACGACAAUCUGAACCGCAUAUGUAGGAAAAAAAAUUGAAAAUUGAAAAGUUUAAUUGCAUUUGAACAAACUCCGUCAUUUAUUAGCACCGCAAAAUAUGUUUUUAUGAAAAGGGU